GAAUAUGAAGACCGCUCCCGUAUUGUGCGCGGCAGCUUUCGCGUUGGUGCUGCAGGCCAUGUGCGCGACCGCAGCCGGCGGCGAACGCCAGCAGCAGCAACAGUUACCGCUGUUCUUCCAAGCGGGCCGACCGUUCAACGCGCCCGGCGCCCCGUUGCCCAAAUUCGUGGGAAUCGCGGGCAACCAGCCGCCGCAAGCGUUCCGCACGGUACCGCCGCAAGUGGACGAGGAACAAGAGGACGAGGAACAACGCAACGACGAAGAACCGCACCAGCGCAACGUUCUCGCUCCCACUCCGCUGCCGUUCAGACCGCAACCGACGCCACAGUUCAAUCAAUUCCGCGCUUCUCCGUCGCCGUCUCCGCAGACCUUGCAGCCGAUCCGCAUUAACAGGCCAACCGAAACUCCGAACAGAAGACCACAGCCUCCUUCGCCAUCGCAGUUCAAACCGCUGUCCAGCCAGCCGUUGUCGGAAGAAGCCCAGGAAUUAGAAGAAGAAAAAGAAGAAGAACCCGACCGUCUUACCCAAUUGUUGCCUCAGUCUAAAUUCACUUGCAGUGGUAAAAAAACUGGUUAUUACGCUGACGAAGGUCUAGACUGCGAAGUGUUCCAUUACUGUCAAGACAGUGCUAGACACUCUUGGGUAUGCCCGGAAGGUUUCGUUUUCCACCAGGUACAUCUGAUAUGUAUGCCACCGAGCAGUGAGAACAUUUGCAAACAGUCGACGCAGUACCAUUUCGUCAACGACUUCCUGUACAGGCCGGUGAACACUGAGGAAGCCAACUCCCGACCAAACGUGACCCUCAGGUAUGGAGACCGGUACUACCCGGGCAGCAAUUUCGAGGCGGCCGAAGAGUACGAUCACGAAGAAGAGGAACCAUCGCAGAGACAGCCACAGGCACAGUUCAGACAGCAACCGGCGGGGCCCAGACAGCGCAUUCAACUGCAGCAACAGCCCCAGCCCACACAACAGCACGUACUGUCCACCCCCCGCCCCGUGCAAUUGCUGCAACAGCCACAGCAACAGUUCGCCCGACAACCGUCCCCCAACCAGGUGUUCCACUCAUCCGAGGAGAUCAACAUACCGUUGCAGCAGAGGCGACCAAUCGUGUUACAGCCCCAGCGACCCAACUUCCAACAGCAACAGCAACAGCUCCAGCACCAACAGCAACAGCAAAACGACUUUGAUUUCAGGAGGAAGUAGAUGUGACCGACAGUGAUAGAUGUUUCGAUAGGUACAUCACCGAAAAGAAGCAUCUGUUUCCAUAUACAUAUGUGUAUCGUUUACAUAAUAGAUUACGAAAAACAAUAUUUAUAAUUUUUUUUGGUAACAAUAGAGCGAGUCACCCUCUACUGUACAUAAUAUAUAAUAUUAUAUUGUUAGAUUUAAACCAACGCGAAAUCAUUUUAUAUAUAUUAAGAUAGGACUUGUGUAAUGAUAUUAUUGACGGAGAGCAAUGAAUAGGAAUCACUAUUAUCAGCAUGCACUUCCAGUUUGCGAAUAUGACAACACGCAACAUAUUUUAUUUUGAAUUCAUAUUAUGAUCAUAUAAAUAUUAUAUUACAUUGGCCAAAUACCAAUACUGCACAUGACAUGUACUUAUAUCUUCGAACGUCAAUACCACUAGGUAGUUCUACGACGUAUAUAAAUCAUACGUACGUUAUACGUGCCUUCCUAUAUUGGAAAACACUGCGAUAGUAUAUAAAGUAUUUCUAUUUUGGUAAUGAUUUUUGUUAUUAAACCAACGACUCCAUUCGGUCAACUUAUUUUUGAAAGUGCGCUCCGCUAUUUGUAGAAUUAAAUUUGGAAAUCGCCAUCAUUUCUGUACUGCAGUACCUAUACAGGCUAUACAAACUAUACAUACAAAUACUUUUGAGAAAAUUAAAUACCUACCUAUACUUUUGACUAUAAGUUUAUUAUAUUAUAUUAUUAUAAUAUAAUAUAUUUAUUUAUCAUUAAUCGAUGUUUAAAAAAAAAAAUGUUUUCUAUUUUUUUACGUGCUCCGCAAUUGCCAUUAUCCAAAAAUAAUUAUGUCUUAUCAACUGUUUAUUUUUAAUUGUUUCAUUGUAUUUUUUUUUAUCAUGC